GUAUAAAGCAGCAGCAACGUCCUGGAGAGGCAACAGGCAAGAUCCAGGGGACAGUGAGUGGGAGCGGGAGAGAUCCGGGCCGAGGACGAGGUCAGAGGGAGGGGACUGGGGGAAGGGGGAGAGAAGUAGGCUGUCUUUUGUUUUAGGUCGCGUGAUCGAUCUUCGAAGUGUUAUAAAGUACAGCAGCGACCUGGAGGGGUAUUACACAAAAUCAAGGCAGAGGAAAUGGAGAUGGCAAUAUCUGUAAAAAUCGCAGUGAUGUUCCUAUUCAUACUCCAGGGUGUAAGAGCAAGCCCCAGACCUGCUGCUAAGAUGGAUAAGAUCCGUUUCUUGGCACUUGGCGAUUGGGGUGGGCUCCCAUUUUCACCAUACACAACACCUGUGGAGAAGAGUACAGCCCAACAAAUGGGGGUUGUGGCCGAGACAAUGGGCAUCGACUUUAUUCUGUCACUGGGGGAUAACUUUUAUUACAGUGGAGUUAAUGACAUUACUGACAACCGAUUUCAGGAAACAUUUGAGGAAAUCUUUUCUGCCAAGUCACUGAAGGACGUGCCCUGGUAUGUUAUAGCAGGAAACCAUGAUCAUUCGGGCAAUGUAACUGCACAGAUCAAGUAUUCCAAAGUAUCCAAGCGAUGGAAUUUUCCACAUUAUUACUAUGACCUGAAUUUCACCAUAGCAGGCUCCAAUACCACCAUUACAAUAUUGAUGCUGGACACAGUCCUGCUGUGUGGAAAUUCUGAUGACUUCCUGGGAAUGGAACCAGAAGCACCCAAGGAUUAUCAUAUGGCUAACACACAACUGGAGUGGGUUGAGGAGAAGUUGAAGGCUUCCAGAUCAGACUUUCUGAUUGUGGCUGGUCACUACCCAGUUUGGUCAAUUGCUGAACAUGGACCCACCAAGUGUUUGGUUCAGAAGUUGUAUCCCCUGCUUGCUCAGUACAGGGUCAGUGCAUACUUCUGUGGACAUGACCAUAAUCUGCAGUUUAUUCAGGAUGAUAAUGGGAUUGGCUAUGUCCUAAGUGGAGCUGGAAACUUCAUGGAAUAUUCAAUCAAACACAAGACUCAUGUUCCAAAGGACUGGUUGAAAUUUUUCUAUGCAGACAUUAGCUCCUUAGGGGGCUUUGUUUAUGUGGAGAUAAUUCCGGAGCAGAUGAUCAUCACCUAUAUCGAGGCACGUGGCAAAUCACUUUAUCAAACUACCAUCCCUAGACGGUCAGGCAGGUGAAGCUUCCAGCCAUUUAUUACUUGAAGAGGAAAACAAAAUGCUAAAUGACAGACCUUGCUAAUUUAACUGAAUUGGUUCAUGUGAUUCCUUCUCUUGAAGCUGGUUUGUUUGCUAAGGCUUUGUUCUUUUUAGCCAAAAUCUCUCAGAUGGAACAGUACUAUAAAUACAAACAUUUGGGUUCUGUUGCUAAUAGGCACACAUAGGCAGUGAAGUGCCAAUGAUUCAUUUCCUUCUAGCUCAGCAAUAGUUCAGUAAUACUUUCAUUAUGCUCAGGUAUUGACAGUUACAUUGCUAUUUUCUUGUUCCCCUGGUCUACUAAAUGUGCACAUGCCAGGAGUGCAUUGGAAGAGUCAUCUUAUUUCAGAUUAGACAGCAGUUCUGAUUGUUGAAGAACUAGACACUGGGAAAAUUGGGAAUGGGGUGGCAAUAACACAGACUAACAGAAUGAAUAAGAUGGAGGGCAAUUAGUGCAAUAUUUUCCUAAUCAUCCACUCUAUGCAAUGAUCUAUCACUCUCAAUUCCAGAGGAAUUGGCUUGGUGCUUGCUAGGCUUACAGAUUGAGAAUGUUCACUGUGCUUAUGGCUAGUCUAUGGCCUAAUUCCAUAUAUCUGCAUAUGCCUCAUAUCCCUUAAUACCGUUAGUUAACAAACAUCUAUCAAACUUUGAUUUAAAAUUGGGGAUUGAUGAUGGUCAAUUGUAAUUUGCAGAGAGUUUUUAACACUUUUAUAACUUUUAACUAUUUUAUAACUUCACUCCAAAAAGGGCUGGCUCCGAUGACUAAUUCCCUGCUUAAUCUUCCAAAUUCUAGGGAAAGGAACCCUAGAUUGUGUUAUUUUUUUCUUCUAAAUUUUCCCAGCUAUACAGCCAAUGUACUCUUCAUAAACUAUGUUGUUCAGAACAGCACACAAUACUCCAGGAUUUUGUAUAGCUGGAACACAAAUUUUAUCUCCUUAUAUUCUAUUCUUCCCUUUAUAAUAUAAAAGCCUGAAUGCCAUUAACCUUCAUCUUCUGUACCCAUUUGUAUCAUUUGAAUGAUCCAUGUAGCCCAUCAAGUUUCUUUAGACUUCAUUCCUUUUCCUUUAAUGCCUUUAGGCAAGUAUUGUUCUAUUAUUUAGCUCAAAGCAGAUGACCUUAAACUGGCCAUGUUUUUCUCCAUCCAUAAAUGUAUUAACAUCCUUAACGCUUCCAUCUAUGUUGUUUUUACUGCCACCCACAUUUGCCAUCACCAUCUAAGCUGUUAAUUAAAAGCUUGGAUGUUGAGGCUCCAGCACAGACCUUUUGUCUCAUCGGGAUAUAAAUUUUGUGUUUUGUGUUUUCGUAAAUACUCCGCAUUGAUGUUCUGUGCUUUUAUUCAGUAAUAGUUAGCCAUGGUUAGUCUGCCUCAUUGUUUUUGGUGCUGGUUGCAGACAUUGUCAUGCUUAUUGCAUGCUUUACAAUAAUUGCAAUUUGAUAUGCAUGCCAUAUCAAAUUGCACUUGCAAUCAUUUGAAAUGAAAGUAACACACAGAAGGGCUCACUGUAAGGAGAUAAGAUCCUCCAUGCUUCUCUUAGUUGUGACCCCAUAGACUUUUCUGAAAUGCCAUUUUCAAUGUGUUAGAAAGCUUUGUUUGCAGACAGAUCCCAGCUACUUACUGCACAUGUAGCAGCAAACAAGAACAAAUGUGUGCAUCAGCUACUGACUGCUGAUCUAACAAUCAUAAUAAUACUAUUCAUGUCAGCAACGUCAUAUAAUCCAUGACUGUAUUUGUUGCAGCUCAUGUUAAUCCUGUUCUGAUGUUUGAACUUUUUGUAUGAUUUUAAAAUCUGUUUUCAGAUGUGAAUUGUUCCAAAUUCUCUGGGAUUCUUUUAUAUGAUUUUUGACUUCUAAGCUUUUGAAUAAAUCUUAACAUGUUUACUUAA